CAUAAAUUUUUUUUUAAUCUUUUGUAAAUUAUGAAAUUAUGAUGGGUAAAAUCGUCAACCAAACAAAGACUAAUCUGCUUGUUAUUUGCAUCAGAGUCUGUAAAUUUAGACAGAGCGAUCAAGACCUAAAGCACUACAACUACACUCGCCGGACGGAAAAGUGACCCCAUCUCCACGGCGUUCUAAAGAUGAUUGAUGAUAAUGAUCUGGGUUUCUUUGCCAAUUUUCUCGGUGUUUUCAUCUUUGUGCUGGUGAUAGCAUACCACUAUGUCGUGGCUGAUCCAAAGUAUGAAGGAAACUAGGGAAGUUUUGAAGUUGAAGAUGUAAUUUUAUAUUGUUGUAGACUGAGAUGCUUUGCAAAUGGAAUUCAAUGUGAUAGAAUUAUGAACUUCAGUUUGGAAUAUUAAUGCUAGCUUGCUACUAAAACUUUUAUAAACAUCAAUUGAGUACAACUUUAUUUA